AGGACGCAAGGUGGGCGACGAUGGUCAUCCGUUCCCAAGUCUUGGGGGUGACCCGCUCGGAUGCGGCUGGACUGGAUGGACUUUUACCCUGCCCGGGGUAGCGGGUGGAGACAACGCCGUGGUGCGGCUGUUACAAUGCUCCGGAACAGAUGCCGUCGACAAUGCAACAGAAGGUCUCCGGCAUAAGAGACGUGUAUAGCGGGCCUCGCCAACCCGGUUCCUUUCGUGCCUGUAUUCCAAAGCCAGAGGAAAACAAAGAGCUAACUUGGCAGGCCACCCAAUAUGAUGUCAUAUCACAUGCUCGUGACGCGCAUUUGCCUUGGGUAGGCCGUUACCACUUGUGCCCAAAAAUCCUGGACUGCGGGUGGAGGCAACGUCGUGAGAACGACACAGGGGACGAGCUCGUAUUGAAGAUUGGGACUCGACUCGAAGGGAGCGUUGUCACAACAGCCAGGCCCUCAUCGCCUCCCCCUUCGACUGCGGCUAGCCGAUCGUUGAGCAAGAUAACGAUGCGUGUUACAGUUGGCGGACGCACAAUGUGGGAUGGACAUCAAAACCCAGCUACGAUCUUGGAACUGCAUGCAUCCGAGGACUCAAGGAAAGAAUGCGUUGAGCCGGCCACACUAGAUGACCGCUUCAGUGAGACAAGACGGGGAAUCGCUCAUGAGAUGAAGAGAUCGGCGUGGAAGGAAAGAGAACGAAUCGAUAGAGAAUCGGACGCUGGUUUUUUGGAAACCAGACCAUCUGUCCUGUUGGGCAGAGUAUCAGAAGCAAGGCGGUUUUCUUCAUCUACCAUCGAAGCUCCCCGCGACUCGUUGCGGCCCAAACACCCUUUGAAGCAUGAGUUUCGCCGUCGAUUUCUCAUCAACCUGCAUCCUCUCCCAUUCUCGCGUUUUGACUACAGGCCGGGCUUCGCCCGCAGCAUACUGGAGAACUCAAAUAUCUCUAGUCCGCCUCAAGCUACCAGCUUAUAGCUAGGCUCGCAAAUGAACACGACGGUCGAGGUCGAUCCAUGUUUUUAAUAGCCUAUGGCACGCCACAUUCUCCCAGUAAGCCAAUUAGGAUGCGUAGCCAAGCUGAGGACGGCUGAAUGGGUGAGAAACCCAAUGCCCAGCUCAGCCGCACCGGUGGGCACGGCAUUGCGCGGGCGCAUGCCUGGGGAAGUUAGCUG